AUGGCUGCUGCUCAGGUUCAGGCUCUACUUCGCUUCCUGUCACAGGAUGCUAAAGUCCCACUUGCGUCCGCGAUGGGUAAAAUCAUGGAAUUGCAGAAAGCGGGCCUAACCACUCCCGAACAGAUCUCUAAGUCAGAACCAAAAGUCCUCCAAGACAUCCUCAAGGAUGAUAAAGUGGCAAAACAAGUCAUGAACGCCGCAAAAAGACUGUGCAAAAAGCGAGGCUCAUCUGCAGAUGACACUGGAGCUCCGUCAAAGAAGACCAAAAGGUUUGAUACUGGAGAAUCCAGCAGCCCUUUUACGAAAGAAUGCGCACUUGCUCUGCCCAUGACAACCACCUCAGAAGAGGAGUUAUCGAGCAUUAUUCUUUUCACAAACCGAGCACCAUUAGUGCUUGCCUUUGCUGUUUGUGUUCUGAGAUAUACAAUGCCCGAGCAGCCAAUCUCUAGCAGACUCAGCCUUGCUCAGGCCGUGGUUAGCGCUAAUAGUCGCUCCAAGGCCGUCAGCCUGGGCAUCGAAAGUGGACCCUCCGCGGAAGCAGAAGGAUGGGGAGAGGGUCAGCCAGUGGUGAAGGUUUUAGGUAGAGAGGUGAAAGUGCUAAAGAGAUGGGAUUACGAGUCAAGAGAGGGACAGCCGCCGAUGAAAGGCGCAGGGCCGGAUGCAGACACUCCUGUCGUCUCUGAUGACGUUUUGGGGCAAGCAUCUCAGGACGAAUCAAACAAGGUGCCUUCACUUUGGGGAAUUGAUACGGAGGCCUUGCGAAAAGCUCAGGGCUCAAAUCAGGAGGUGAAAGCGGAUAAGCCUUUGCCUAUAUUCACCCCGGACUCAGCACGCUCAUACUUGCACAAGGCAUUCGCCAAAGCUCCUGCUGAAGACGUACCGUCCCGCAGUACAGCCACAAAGAAUGCUUCCAGAGUUGAAGCAGAAAGGGAGAAAUGCCUCGCGCACCUCUUACGCGCCAUUGACAUUCUCUGCCAGUCCUGGGCCUCCAGUCUUACCGGGGACGAACUGGACAGGCGUGCAUGGGCCUGCACCCUACGCGGAUCAUUGCCCCAACAACAACAACAACAACAACAAUCGCAGCAGAAAACCUAUAACACCAUCCCCGUCGAUGCGGAUCUAACAGAAGACCCCUUUGGAGAUGAAGCCCGGGUAUCGUUCGAUGAAACUCCCCACCGAUCAAGUCUUCCCCCGAAGGGGCUGGACUUUUCUGCCAAUCGCAAUUCCGUCGCGUCUACGACCCCCUCCACCACAGCCCGCAGCCAAAGUAUCUCUUCGCGCUUCUCAAUACCUGUUCGAGCUAUGAGCCCCUACACCGGAGCAACCGGUCCCAGCCAUCCUUAUGCGAUGUACCCGCAGGUCGGUGUUAGUCGCUCUCCGAGUGUUGCGACCGCUUCAACCUUACGCCCCGUGGAUCGACCGUUGGAGGAUGCCAGUGGACCGCAACAUCCGUAUGCAAUGUACACCCAGAAUGUGGUCCCUGAGGAAGGCCUGGAUAGCGCUAUGGACGAUUCGUUGAUGGAACCUCCAAUGCUGGACAAUUCUAUGGUCCCCCUUGGCUUUCCCGGUCAUAAUCAAGCCUACCAACGACCCCCCGGUCGGGCAGAUGAUGACGUAGGAGAUCUCAUCGGCCCUGACGGACACACCGAACAACUUCCACCAUAUUCCCGUUAUCCUGAGAACGCCGUCCCCAAAGUAGAGGGGACAUUAGCGUCCGUCAAUGAUGCUGGCAUCACAGCGGACGAGACCCUCCACAAUGAGCGUGCGGGCCCACUCAUGUCGGAGGUUACAUCACCUAAUGUGCCUAUGGAGACCACGAACCGAAUGACUGCACGAAGCAACUCACAAUCCGAGGAGCCUCCGCUUACUGGAAUCAUGGCAUUCGAAGACAAAUUGAAGAGAAAGGGCAAAAAGAAGGCCUGCUGCGGGUUGCCCAUCUGGACGAUUGUUUUGGUUGGGGUGGUAAUGCUUGUUGGAGGAUGCAUUGGAGGUGUCAUCGGCGGCGUACUCGGUGCAAAGAAGGCAGCGGAUCAGGAACACAAGCAACCAAAAGGCCCGCAUAUCGUUACGGAGACCGUCACUCCCAAGAUGGAUGCGACUCCGAUCACGUCUACUCCGAUCAAUCUGCUGCCCCUGCCUACUGGCCAGUACGUCAUUCCCGCAUCUCCGAAGAAUCAGUCCAAAUUUUGCGUAGCCGAGUCAGAUUACCGAGCUUCGUGGUCCUGCUUAAAUUCAGGAGACAUCCCUGUCAACGUCGAAGGCUCGGAGGGCCAGCGUUCGGUCACGUUUGAGGAUACCACCUACUCGUCAAGUCUUAGCUAUGGGGCGCAAGCGCCUGUCCUCUCGAACCCCACACAGAAUCUCUCGAUGGCAUAUGAUCUUAACGACGCUAGCUUUGGACCUGCUCUGCACUUUUGGACACUGUUUGACAAACUUGUCGUGGUGCCUCAAGACUCCUUUCCAACGCACGCGUCCUCUAAACGCUCAUUGUCAGAGGAUGAACUGCUGGCUACUAUGCUUGUGCGCAAGGAUGUAGCCAAGGCGGGAGAUAAACCCUGGUUUUGUUGGUGGAACAGCACUAUAAUUGAAUUCUUCUUAUAUGUCAACGAGACCACCAAAGAUGCUCAAUACAGUGCAACCGCCACUUCGUCGAGCUACGCUCAAGCUACAACAGCGAGCUCUGGCUCAAGUUCAGGCUCUAGCUCGGGGUCAAGUGGGAACACAAAUACAAAUGCUAAGCGGGAUGCCGCUGUAUCUGACUAUCCCCGUCGGAUCAAGAUGGAGGAAAAACGUGAAUUCCCAGGUGCCCCUAAUGCUUAUUGUCAACAGAUGCAGGUGCUCGAUGACGGUUCAGUUGGGCCGAUAUCUCAGGAGACCGUUCAAAUCAAGGAAGUGCAGCCUACUCCUACAACGACGAUCCAAGCUACCGGCACCACACAGACAUAUACCGCAGAGGCCGAGUACCAGAGCGUUUGCUACUGCGUAUCAUUGACCGAUUAA